GUCUAUAGUUCAGUUGAGUUCUGAAUGUCGCAUAGACUGGUUGUUAGACGGGUUUUCGCAGCUUCUCACCCCCAGGUAUACUGUGUGCUGUUUGAACAGUGAAAUUGCAUUGGAGUGUGAGAGGAGUUGUGUUAUCCUGGUGGAUACUUUUGUGCAUCGGGUUCACGGAGUAAAGUCGCGUUCGCUGGAACGGGUUUUGAUCAGUUUUUGCCGUUUUUUUUGCCUGCCUUCGGCCGUUGCGAAAGUGUGGUGUGGUCAGACCAGUUCAGGCAAAUUAUAAUAAAUCGUUCUGAUCGAAAAGCGUGCCAAUUCAGGUGAUGAUUCGUGUGUUUUAAGUGAAUUUGAGUGUGCAAACAAAGAGCCAAUGUAUUGUUAAUGAAAAGUAACGAAAGGGAAGAUAGCAGAGAUUUUUUGGCGCGUUUGCGCGGAAUUUUCCAACAGUCCAGUGGUGAUUUGUGUGAGCGCUACUUGUGAUUGAAACUUCCGCAUCCGCUGGUGAAAAUGUGAUGGAGAGUUGAAUGAAAAUAGUGUCAUGUACACAACCGCACUACAAGUGAAAGAACGGAUGCAUUGCCCUUUCAUAGAUAGAAGAAAAAAAAUCUGAAGAUUAACACACAGGUUUUAAGAAGACCGAUCCUUUCGGGAGAAGAAAUUUAUUCGUGCAGACAGAAUAUUAAGAAAGAAGGCUUUCGAGGCAAAGGAAGAUUGAAUGGUAGCAUAAGCCCACGGAGAAAUUCUCACACGAGUUAAGUGAAACAUAAUAAAGAAAGCGCUCUGGAUAUAUAAAAUAUUUACGCGGAGUGGUUUCGCAACCCGACGGAACGCGCAAGAAGGAAGAAUUAAAGUCUCCUCGGAGUUUGUGCAUUUGAAGAGCUGGGUUACAUACACACGGUGCUGAAAAAGGGCAGACGAGGAUAAAUGACCCCUCGAUGGUUUUUUCGGAGGGAGCAAAAGCAGAAUUGGUUAGUUUGAAGAGUGAUUUACGUGAAAGUGUUUGGCAUGAAUAAUUUUGUUCUUUGAGGAUGAUCUCUUCUUGGUGAUGCACGUUUACGACAAUAUUACGUCUUGCAAAUCAAUCUAUUGCAAUCAUCGUAAUUUACAAGGUAACGCAAAAACUCGUCCGUGUUGCUCUUCGUGUCAAACCAACAUUUUACUACCGUCAGUUCCAAGCAUUGGUCGCGCCGUUAACGCGUACACACAAAGAUUAAUAUCGGGCGAAACUAGAACAAACGCGACCCCUCGGUCGGCUCGAACUUUCGGAUUGGCAACUAAUGCAGAAGUGUAAUUUCAGCUGUCGAUGAUUGGAUUCGCUUCCGUCGGUCGGUUUCUAUGGAUGCUGCAUGGCAUUAACCGUAAUGAGUGGGUGGUAAAAGGAAGGCAACGAUAACACAGGAGAACCUACCGUGUGUGUGUGUGCGUGUGUAUGUGCAGUGCAGUGGCAGGAUUUGCGUGAUGUAAAAGUCUCAUCCAAAUGCGAAACACGUGCGGAGGAGCAACGUAAAGUGCGCUGCAUUAUAGCGUUAUGAAAAUUAAUUGAAUACAGAAUUUUCUGGCCCCCGACAGCAGCACUGGUGGCAAGAGUGCGAAAAUUUGUAAUUGAAUUAGUGGAUAAUAUUUCUCUGGCUGCUCCUGUGCUGAAGUUGCAGCGUUUUCCAACCGUUAUCGGAGUGCAAUGAUUGCGGUUAUCAGUGGUGAAUGCUGAGAUUACAUAUAUCGUCGCGGCGGGAAACUGGAUUUAAACGAUAAAUCCUAACAAAUGAUUGCUAGUGCGAUAAAAGUGUGAAUAUCCUGAUCUGUUUCUAUUGUUAUGUUUUUGUUUAUAUGUGUGCCCGUCAUAAUAUAAUUGAAUGAGAACAACACAGAUAUUCGAUUACCUAAACGUCGAAACUGCAGACGUGCGAAAAUUUAAUGUGUGGAGUGCUAAAAUGGCCAGUGCCCGAUUUUGCUCCAGACCACCGUCCAGAAUGUUAGUUCUAGCGGUGCUGCUUUUGCUGAAUUUGGCCGGCCAGAUCCUGUGCGACCCGUACGGCGGUGGACACUAUGGGAUGAACGGCGACCAGAGAUGUCCCCGGCUUUGCUCGUGCUCCGGACAGACCGUCGACUGCUCGCACCGUGGGUUGACGCAGGUGCCACGGAAAAUUCCACUGGAUACCGAUAGACUAGACUUGCAAGGCAACAAUAUCACCGUUGUGUAUGAGUCUGACUUCCAGAGUCUGUCGAAAUUGCGAAUUUUGCAGCUGACCGACAACCAAAUCUAUACCAUUGAAAAGGAUGCAUUCCUAGAUUUGUUAUCUCUGGAGCGAUUACGACUUAAUAGCAAUCGCUUAAAAUCAAUACCAGAUAAUUUUUUAUCGAGCGCUGCUAAUUUAUUACGAUUAGAUCUGUCACAUAAUGCUCUCACGGCGAUUCCGAAACGUGCCUUCAAAGGCGCCACCUCGCUGAGGAGUCUACAGCUGGACAAUAAUCAAAUCACUUGUCUGGAUGAACAUGCAGUCAAAGGCCUGGCAGAGUUGGAAAUUCUAACACUCAACAACAACAACAUCACAACGCUGCCGCGAGACAUGUUCACUGGAAUGCCCCGUCUUCGGGCCCUGCGCCUUUCGGAGAAUCCGUUCGCGUGCGAUUGUCACCUUUCGUGGCUGGCGCGAUUUCUGAAAAACUCCCCCCGCCUGGCGCCGUAUACGCGAUGUCAUUCGCCGAGCCAGCUGAAAGGUCAAAAUGUGGCCGAUUUGCACGACCAAGAGUUCAAAUGUUCAGGCCUAACGGAAAACGCUCCAAUGGAAUGCGGUGAAAGGAGUCUUUGUCCGCAUCCGUGCCGUUGUGCCGAUGGUAUUGUGGAUUGUCGGGAAAAAAGUUUGACCAGCGUCCCCGUUACGCUUCCGGAGGACACUACUGAACUGCGGUUAGAGCAAAAUUACAUCACCGAAAUCCCCCCGAAAGCGUUCGCGAGCCACCGACGGUUGAAGCGGAUAGAUCUGUCCAAUAACAACAUUUCCCGGGUUGCGUACGAUGCUUUCAGUGGCCUAAAAUCGCUCACUUCGCUUGUCCUCUAUGGCAAUAAAAUCAAGGAUUUGCCAGCGAGUGUUUUCAAGGGAUUAACAUCCUUGCAGCUGCUACUGCUGAACGCCAACGAAAUAACGUGCGUGCGAAAAGACGCUUUCAAGGAUCUGCAAAAUCUCAGCCUGUUGUCGCUGUAUGAUAACAAUAUACAAACACUAGCCAACGGCACGUUCGACUCCCUCAAGAGCAUUCAAACUUUACACUUGGCACGUAAUCCCUUCAUUUGCGAUUGUAAUCUACGGUGGCUCGGCGACUAUUUGCAUCAGAAUCCCAUCGAGACGAGUGGAGCCCGUUGUGAUUCGCCGAAACGCAUGCAGCGACGCCGAAUCGAGGCGUUAAAGGACGAGAAAUUCAAAUGUACGGAGGAUUACAGCAAAGUAAAAUAUGCCGGCGAAUGUCGGAUGGAUCAGGAGUGCCCAGCUGCCUGUCACUGCGACAGGACAACGGUCGACUGCUCGGCCCGUGGAUUGAAGGAAAUUCCGAGGGAUAUUCCACUUUAUACCACUGAACUCCUGCUUAAUGACAACGAACUGACACGAAUACGUUCGGACGGCCUCUUCGGGCGGCUACCGAAUCUAAUCAAGCUAGACCUUAGGCGUAAUCAAAUCUCCAACAUCGAACAGAAUGCCUUCGAGGGUGCCAUCAAGAUCCAAGAGCUGCUCAUCAACGAGAACAAAAUCCCCGAGGUACACAAUAAGAUGUUCCUCGGUUUGCAUCAGUUGAAGAUAUUAUCAUUGUACGACAACCUUAUUUCCUGCGUUAUGCCGGGCUCAUUUGAUUAUCUCUCUUCGCUAACGCAACUAAAUCUUGCAUCAAACCCAUUCCGAUGCAACUGCCACCUUGGAUGGUUCUCGGAUUGGUUGCGUAAGAAACAAUUCGGCGGACCGCCGGCUCGAUGCUCAUCACCAGCAAAGGUUCGAGACGUUCCCGUCAAAGACCUGCCCCACUUUGAGUUCAAAUGCUCGACGGAGGCCGACCAGGGAUGCCUUGGGGAAGGAUACUGUCCCCCUUCGUGUACCUGUACGGGUACAGUGGUACGCUGUGCGCGGAACAAACUGAAAGAAAUCCCGAAGUCCAUUCCCGCGGAAACGACAGAGUUGUAUCUGGAGUCGAACGAAAUCUCAAUGAUCCAUAUGAAUCGCAUAAGCCAUCUGAAGUCGUUGACUCGAUUGGACCUCAGCAAUAACAAAGUGAGCAUGCUGUCCAACCACACCUUUGCAAAUUUGUCACGGCUCUCAACGCUCAUAAUAAGCUACAAUAACCUACAGUGCGUCCAGCAAUACGCUCUUGCCGGAUUGAAGAAUCUGAAAGUGCUAUCUUUGCACGGAAACCACAUCUCGAUGAUUCCCGACGGAUCUUUCGCAGAUCUACAAUCGAUUACCCACAUAGCCCUCGGCAGUAAUCCACUGUAUUGUGACUGUUCGCUGAAAUGGCUAUCGGAGUGGGUCAAACGGGAUUAUGUUGAGCCGGGUAUAGCCCGCUGCUCGGAACCGGAGUUGAUGAAAGACAAAAUAGUGCUCUCCACGCCGGCCAGCCAAUUUGUCUGCAAAGGAAAGGUCAGCAACGAGAUCCUGUCGAAAUGCGACGCUUGCUACACCUUCCCCUGCAAGAACAAUGCGGUCUGCAGAGCUCUUCCCGAGCGGCAAUACGAGUGCCAAUGCCCGCCAGGAUAUCACGGGGCGCACUGUGAAUUUAUGAUCGACGCCUGCUAUGGGAAUCCCUGCAGACAUAAUGGCACAUGCACUGUCCUCGAGGAGGGACGGUUCAGUUGCCAGUGUGUUACCGGUUAUUCGGGGCUGCGCUGCGAGACCAAUAUUGAUGACUGCACCGAUCACAAAUGCACCAACAAUGGUACCUGCGUAGACGGGGUCAAUUCGUACAGUUGCGCAUGUAAACCUGGCUUCACGGGAUUACAUUGUGAAUCUAAAAUUCAGUUCUGUGGCGCAGAUUUCAAUCCAUGUCAGAAUGGAGCCAAAUGUGUGGAUCAUUCGACUUACUAUAGCUGUGAGUGUGUGCCUGGUUAUAGAGGAGUAAACUGUUCGGAAAAUAUCGACGAUUGCGUGAAUCACAUGUGUCAAAAUGGGGGAACCUGUGUUGAUGGCAUCAACGACUAUGUUUGUAAGUGUCCAUCCGACUUUACCGGAAAAUUCUGCGAGGGAACUCCCAUGGUGGCAAUGCUGUAUCCCCAGACUUCUCCGUGCCAACAUCACGAGUGCAAGUUUGGCGUUUGCUUCCAACCAAACCCUUCGAGUGCCGAUUAUGUCUGCCAAUGUGCCCCCGGUUACUCCGGGAAACGUUGUGAAUAUCUUACCAGUUUGACGUUCCUCCACAACAACUCUUUCGUUGAGUUGGAGCCAUUGCGGACCAAACCGGAAGCAAACGUGUCAAUCAUAUUCAGUAGUACCCAACAAAACGGUGUUCUUCUGUACGAUGGUAACAAUGAACAUUUGGCUGUUGAGUUGUUCAACGGCAGAAUACGCGUCAGCUAUGAUGUGGGCAACUAUCCGGUUUCAACGAUGUACAGCUUCGAGAUGGUAGCGGAUGGGAAAUACCAUCUGGUAGAACUGAUUGCAGUGAAGAAAAACUUUACUCUCCGGGUAGACAGAGGUCUUGCGCGCUCGAUAAUCAAUGAAGGCACAAAGGAUUUCCUCAAACUAACCACUCCAAUGUUCCUCGGAGGCCUGCCAACCGAACCUGGCCAGCAGGCGUACAAGUUGUGGCACCUCAGAAAUCUAACCAGCUUCAAAGGAUGCAUGAAGGAGGUCUGGAUCAACCACAAACAAGUUGAUUUCCUCAAUGCAGCACGCCAGCAGAAGGUAACCCCCGGUUGUGCCCUGCUGGACGCCGAUAAUGAGGGGGAGUCCGAAGACGAUUUCAUGCAAGAAACACCCAUGAUAUUGAAGGAGGUGGACCCUUGCGAAAACCAUCAGUGCAAGAGAGGCGGUAAAUGUGUGCCAAACGGCAAAGGUGGAUACUCCUGCAAGUGUAAGAAUGGUGCCAAGGGCAAAUUCUGCGACCAAGGUGAGGGCUCAGUGUCGGUAGUCGUCGACGAGGAUCCCUUCAAAGCUCCCUCUUCCGGGUCCUCCACCUGUCGGAAGGAACAAGUGCGAGAAUAUUACACGGAGAAUGACUGCAGAUCCCGACAGCCACUUAAAUACGCGAAAUGCGUCGGUGGCUGCGGAAAUCAAUGCUGCGCAGCUAAAGUUGUACGACGAAGAAAAGUACGCAUGGUGUGCAGCAACAAUACCAAAUACAUUAAGCACCUUGAUAUCGUGCGCAAAUGCCAUUGUACAAAGAAAUGCUACUGACUGCAAGACGCGACUACCCGAACAACAUCAACAACACCACUACCAAUAGCAACA